AUGUCUACCGCAAAGAGAAGCCCACCGUUCAGAGCCGAGCACGUUGGCUCGCUGCUCCGUCCUGAUGAGCUUGUUCAAAAGCGUUAUGCUGUUGCUGCUGGCAAGGCUGAUGCUGAGGAAUUGAAGCCUAUUGAGGACAAGUCUGUCACUGAGGUUGUCAAGCUUCAGAAGGAUUGCGGUUUCCAUGCUGUUUCCAGUGGAGAGUACACCAGACACAUGUUCUGGGGCACCUUCUUCGAAGAACUCCACGGCAUGGAAGACCGCCAACUCGGCGUGCUCAAAGGCUACGACGCCUCCAUGUUCCGUGACUACGCCCCCGACGUAAAGUCCUUCCUCGAGGCCAAAGAAAUCCCAAACGCCGUCACCGUCUGCGUCGCAAAAAUCCAACAUCCCGGUCACAGCAGCAAUGCCCGCGAACUCCAAGUCAUGAAGGCAAACGUGCCCGAGGAGGAAUGGAAGAAUAUCAAGAUUACGGUUAUCUCGCCGAGUUGGUAUCAUUUCAGAUACAGGGCUGGCAGAGCUUACCCGAAGGAGGUGUAUGCGAAUGACGAAGAGUACUUUGCAGAUGUCGCAAAGGCAUACCAGACAGAGCUGAAACUGCUCCACGACGCCGGCAUCCGCAACAUCCAGAUCGACGACCCCAACCUCGCCUACUUCUGCUCCGAAGCCAUGCUCACGGGCUGGAAAGCCGAUUCCGGCAACACAAAAACCGCAGACCAAAUGUUUGACGCCUACGUCAAGUUCUACAACGCUUGCUUCGAGAGACCGGCAGACAUGCAUUUGGGCAUCCACCUUUGUCGCGGAAACUACAUGGGUUCUCGCCACUUCUCAGAGGGCGCUUACGACAACAUUGCCGCAAAACUGUUCAAGGAUUUGAACGUCGACACCUACUACCUCGAAUACGAUACCGCUCGUGCAGGUGGUUUCGAGCCCCUGAAGCACCUUCCCAAGAACAAGAAUGUCAUCUUGGGAGUCGUGACUAGCAAGUUCCCCGAGUUGGAGGAUAAGGAAAAGAUGGUGCAGAGGGUAUACCAAGCUGCUGAUUUCAUUGCCGAGGGCAGUGGACAGAGCAGAGAGGAAGCUUUGGAGCGCGUCGGUGUUUCGCCUCAGUGUGGAUUUGCUUCUCACGCCGAGGGCAACUCGUUGGAAUACGAGGAUAUGCGCAAGAAGUUGCAGCUUGUCAGGGGUAUUGCUGAUCAGAUCUGGCCUAGCCAGCCUUAA